UGCACCACGUGAGUACCGCUGCCAUUUGACGUUCUCAUGGCAAGAGUGGAGAAUAGGAUUCCUGCCGAUUUUUGUCAUUCUGUGCAAUUCUAGUUUUGAAAUAACAAGAAAAUACGCUUUACACAGCCAUGCGGCGAAGUAAGGCCGAAGUGGAACGCUAUAUUUAUUCAGUACAGAGUUCCUCUCCUUCACUCAAAGAGAAACCAAUUAAAGGAUUUUUAUUUGCUAAAUUAUACUUCGAGGCUAAGGAGUAUGAACUUGCUAAAAGACAUGUUUCGGAAUAUCUGACGGUGGCCGAGAGAGAUCCCAAAGCACACAAGUUCCUGGGCCAGCUUUAUGAGAGGGAAGGAGAUAUCAACAAGGCCGUAGGAUGUUACAAGCGGUCUGUGGACCUGAACCCAGCCCAGGGGGACCUGGUUUUGAAGGUGGCUGAGCUGCUGGUCAGUAAGACAGAGAGAGACAGCAGAGCAGAGUUCUGGGUGGAGAAAGCUGCCAAGUUGUUGCCUGCAAAUCCUGCUGUCUUCAACCUCAAGGAGCGGCUACUGAAUCGACGGGGCCAGCAGGGACGGAACCAGUUGUUUGACCUGCUGCAGGCAGAGCUGGCUAUGAGACCUGGCGAUGCCCAUAUCAACAUAAAGCUGGUUCAGCUGUUCUCCUCUGAUGGCAGGCUGGAGGAGGCUGUCAAACACUGUCUGGCUACAGAGAAGAGAGGCCUGCUUAGAUCCAGUUUGGACUGGUACUCUACUGUGGUACACACUCUACAGGAUUUCCUAGCCCAGCCCAGUGUUUCAUCCAAUGAGAAGAUGAGUAGACAUCUGCAGAGAGAGCUACUUUUGGCCCACUGCAGCCUGCUGAGACUGACCCUGUCGGGAAAAGGACUGCAGCCUAGCAUCAAGGCCCUCGGGAGUUUUGACUGUGCGAUGCAGGGCCUGAAGAAGACAGCGGGCAGUGUAACAGAUGAUCUGUCUGAGGUCUAUGUGGAGAUGAGGGGACAUCUGUACCUGCAUGCUGGCACUCUGCUGCUGAAGAUGGCUCAGGAAAGAGAACAGCAGUGGAGGGCUGUCAUUGACCUGGCUGCUCUCUGCUAUUUACUGGCUUACCAGGUCCCGGGGCCGAAGAUCAAGGCGACUAAAGGGGACCAGUCUUCUCCUCAGCAUCUGGAGCUGCUGGCCAGUGAAAGACAGAGCCAGGCUGGACACAUGCUGCUUAACCUCAACCCUGACACUCAUACCUUUGUCAGAGAGGUGGUGGAGGCGUUUGGUAACCGUAGUGGUCAGGGCUCUCUGUUUGAGCUUUUGUUUGGGCUUCAGGCUCCGGCCGGUACUUCCUUCAUCGGCAACGACGACAUCCGCUCCAUCAACACACAGGCUCCAGCGAUAUCUGACCUCAUCAAACAGGACAACGGCUCCAUCCAGCUCAAAGGAGGGGACCUCCAGCAGCUGUGUUGGCUGGGUCUCCAGUGGUCUCUCAUGGCCCAGAGGCCUGCUCUGAGGGACUGGCUCAAACAGCUGUUCCCCAGGCUCAUCCUGGAGACCUCCAAACUGGACACCAACACACCUGAGUCCAUCUGCCUGCUAGACCUGGAGGUGUUCCUGUGUGGGGUGGUGUGGUGCAGUCACACCCAGCUCCAGGAGAGGGCCAGGAUCACUUCUACUGGUCAACAGCAACUCCAUGAGCCCCGCUGCCUGCCCCUGCCCCUCCUCCGCCUCCUCUCCACAGACAGACAGAGGGAAUGGUGGGACGCCGUCUACAGCCUCAUACACAAACAAGCUGCGCCUGGCAUGUCAGCCAAACUGAGGAUGACCGUUCAACAUGGACUAAGCACCCUUCGAGCUGGAGAGAAACAUGGCCUUCAACCAGCCCUGCCCAUACACUGGGCCCAGCACCUCAGUUCAACGGGGGUUGGUGUGAACUCCUACUAUGACCAGAAGGAGUACAUAGGGCGUAGUGUCCACUACUGGAAGGUGGUGCUCCCCCUGCUGGACAAAAUCAAGCAAAGACGCAGCAUCCCUGAACCCCUGGACCCCCUCUUCAUACACUUCCCCUCUAGAGACAUACAGAUCCCAUCAGUGAAGGGCUUUGAGGAGGAGGCCAUGAUAGCGUUUGCAACCCUCUUGGACGUCGAGGGGAGGACAGAGGAGGCUAUCACUACUCUGGAGACCAUCAACAACAUUUCAUCUAACUGGCACCUAGCUAGGAUCUUCCAGCGUCUGUCUGAGGAGGCUGGUAGUGGGGUGGAGGAGACUCGGGACAGGUGCGUCAUAUUCCUCGGGAAGUUCAGAACUUACCUGUCCAAGAUCUACAAUGCCAAUGCUGACGACAUGGACAAGCUGCCUGUUUCAAUGGAAGAAGUUAUGGAUCUCCUGAACGAUGUGAACCAGCAGCUAGGGGAGAUUGGAGAAGCGAUGGAUGAAGAGGGAAGACCGGUCCACUUCAGCCCUCAGUUUACUGAGCCUGCUGCCUCAGUCUCUCACAUCAAAUUCACCCCGUUAACCCCUUCCCCCAGCAAGAGCUUUGUCCCUCCCUCCAAAAGACACAUGACGCCACCUCAUUGGGCAGAGCACCAGAAGUCCCUCCUGCAGAUGCUCUGCCAGCAGGUGGAGGCCCUUAAGAAUGAGGUCCAUGACCUGAGACAUAACUCGUCAGACAGCAUGGCGUCACCCCACCAAAGGAUGUAUGGAGAUGGGUAUGGGGCUGAGAGCAUGCAGGAGGGCUACCCCCCAACACAGACCUUCCAUGUAGCACCCCUCACCGUUGCCACCACACAGGCCCCAUCUAUGUAUUUCAAUCAAUCCCCUGCUUAUAACUCCGGACAGUAUCUCCUUCGUCCUGCAGCCAAUGUUACCCCAACAAAGGCUCCUGUGUAUGGAGUCAACCGCCUGCCACCCCAGCAGCACAUGUAUGCCUACCAGCAGCCCACUAACACUCCUCCCCUGCAGUCAACACCAGCCUGCAUCUACCCUCCUCAAGACCAGGUUUUCGGCACCCCCCUCCACUUCGAGUCACCAGCAACCAGUCUACUCUCCCCAUACAGCGAGGAAUACUACGGCCAUUCUCAGCCCACCACCAACCCUCCCCUCCCUGAGCCUGGCUACUUCACCAAGCCCUCAGUCGUAUCUGUCCAACCACCAAAGAGCAUUGAGGGGAAGCCUGUGGACUUUGGGAAGAUCGCCUUUGGCCAGCAGGUCCCUGCUGAGCCUCUUAAGGUGCCUGGCUUUGGUGCUGGAGUCGUCGCCCAGUCCACUCCAUCAUCUGCUGCCUUUAAAUUCAACUCCAACUUCAAAUCCAACGAUGGGGACUUCACCUUCAAAGCCAAAAACAGUGAGAACCUGUUGGGGCUUCUAACAUCAGACAUUUCCACCAAAUCGGAGGGCCCCUCAGAGGUGGAGCCUCCUAGCCAGGGAGGGAUAUUUAGCUUUGGCACUAAAAGCGUGGCAGGCUUCUCCUUCACUGAUGCAGCCCAGAGUCGGGACAGACCAAACCUUUUUGAAAAAAUUGAACAGCCAUUUAGUUUCGCUGAUCAGACCAAGCAGGUAUUUGGGCUGGAGAACACAGCGGUGGAGAAAGGACCGGAGAGCGAUAACGACAGCACACAUGUGGAGGAGGAUGAGGAUGGGCCUCACUUUGAGCCCAUUGUGCCCCUCCCUGACAAAGUAGAUGUGAAGACUGGAGAGGAGGAAGAAGAGGAGAUGUUCUGUAACAGGUCCAAGCUGUUCAGAUUUGACGCAGAGACAAAGGAGUGGAAAGAGAGGGGCAUCGGCAUAGUCAAAAUCCUAAAGCACAAUACAUCAGGGAAAGUGCGUCUGCUGAUGAGGAGGGAGCAGGUUCUGAAGAUAUGUGCUAACCACUACAUCACGCCAGAUAUGCUCCUGAAACCAAUUGCUGGCUCUGACAAGUCCUGGGUCUGGAAUGCCAUUGAUUAUGCAGAUGAGGAACCAAGGCCUGAGCAACUGGCCAUCCGGUAUAAAACGGCAGACGAGGCAUUGCUCUUCAAAACAAAGUUUGAAGAGGCUCAGAAGAUAGUUCCCAAAUCUCCAGAAAAGGGGCAAGAUCAGCCAGAUAAGAAAGCAACUUCUCCUAAUUCAUCUGCUCCUCAGGUGACAAACUUUGCUGCCCAGUUUGCAAAGAAGGACUGCGACGUGUGCUAUGUAAGAAAUGCUGCUACAAUUAUGCACUGUGUUGCCUGUCAGACUGCCAACCCUAAUUCCCUGUCAGAGAAAGACAGCAAACUGGCUACUGAAACCAAAGGCUUUACUAGUGGGGGAGCUUCAGUGAGAGGAUUUACUUUUGGAUUUGGAGCUGACUUGUCAAAAGACACCAGCAGCACAGGAUCUAUUGGAAAGGGAUUUGGGGCUUUUGGAGCUCAGAUACCCUCCUCCUUUACGUUUGGAACCAGUGGCUCCACUUCUAUACCUGUUGCUGGUUUUGGAGCCCAGUUUGGUAAGAAGAAAGAAACCGCAGAAGUAGCAGCAGAAUCAAAGCCCUCAACCAUGCCAUUUGGCUCUGGAUUUGGUGCCCAGUUUGGCAAAAAGCCAGGGCAGUGGGACUGUGACAUGUGUGCUGUAAGAAACCAGGCCUCUUCAAACAGUUGUGUUUCUUGUCAAACUCCAAACCAUGCAGCCAAAACGGUUGUAGAUGGAGCAGCAGCAUCAAAGCCCUUAACCAAUCCAUUAGGUUCUGGAUUUGGUGCCCAGUUUGGCAAAAAGCCAGGGCAGUGGGACUGUGACAUGUGUGCUGUAAGAAACCAGGCCUCCUCAAACAGUUGUGUUUCUUGUCAAACUCCAAACCAUGCAGCCAAAACGGUUGUAGAUGGAGCAGCAGCAUCAAAGCCCUUAACCAAUCCAUUAGGUUCUGGAUUUGGUGCCCAGUUUGGCAAAAAGCCAGGGCAGUGGGACUGUGACAUGUGUGCUGUAAGAAACCAGGCCUCCUCAAACAGUUGUGUUUCUUGUCAAACUCCAAACCAUGCAGCCAAAACGGUUGUAGAUGGAGCAGCAGCAUCAAAGCCCUUAACCAAUCCAUUAGGUUCUGGAUUUGGUGCCCAGUUUGGCAAAAAGCCAGGGCAGUGGGACUGUGACAUGUGUGCUGUAAGAAACCAGGCCUCCUCAAACAGUUGUGUKUCUUGUCAAAYUCCAAAYCMYKCAGCMAAAWCDGYWGUWGAKGKAGCASCASCAUCAAAGCCCUUAACCAAUCCAUUAGGUUCUGGAUUUGGUGCCCAGUUUGGCAAAAAGCCAGGGCAGUGGGACUGUGACAUGUGUGCUGUAAGAAACCAGGCCUCCUCAAACAGUUGUGUGUCUUGUCAAAUUCCAAAUCCCUCAGCAAAAUCAACAGUUGAGGUAGCACCACCACCAAAGCCAACAGUGUCAGGCUUUGGUGAUCUUUUUGCUAAGAGGGACAGACAAUGGGACUGUGACACCUGCCUAGUGAGGAAUGAUGCAUCAGUUUCUAAGUGUGUUUCCUGCCAGACACCCAAUGCUAGCAGCACCCCCUCUCUUGGGGCCAUGUUUGCCAAACAGGGGGGACAGUGGGACUGUGACACAUGUCUAGUCAGAAACGACAGCUCUGCUAGUCAAUGUGUCUCCUGUCAGACACCCAACGCUAAGAGCACAGCCACCCCCUCCAGCUCAUCCUUCAGCUUUAGCUUUGGGAGUCAAAGUACAUCUACUCAGUCCGUAGGCAAUGUGUUUAAAGCAAACUUCAACAGUGACAGCUCUUUUCAGUUUGGCACAAGCAAAGUUGAUAAAGGUUCCCCUGCAUCCUUCAAGUUUGAGACCCCUCAGGCUGAAAGCAGUGGCUCCAGUGCUGCAGGCUUCUCUUUCAAUAUGCCCGUCCCAGCAGGUGGCUUUAAGUUUGGCACUCAAGAAACGGCAAAGGAAACCCCACCAGAUGAAACUCAGACUGCUGCUUCAGGGUCUGCGUCCAUGUUCCUGAAGAAUAUCGCAGAGCAGCACAGAGAAAAAGAGAAGGAAUCUGGUGUCGGUAUAUCUGCGUCAGUGCCUUCAGUGGACAACACCGAUCAGGAUGAGAAUGGCAAACCCAAUGACUUCAGUUUUGCAGAUUUGGCUAAGAUUUCACAAGGAGACUUCACCCAUGGUGGCGAGCAGCUGUUCACGUCCCUUCAGUCAAACCAGUGGGCAGACACUUCCGCUGACCAGGAUGAAGAGGACAUAUACAAAACAGAAGAGAAUGACGAUAUCCAAUUUGAACCUGUGGUCCAGAUGCCUGAUAAAGUGGACCUGGUCACAGGAGAGGAGGAUGAACAGGCCCUUUACUCACAGAGAGUAAAGCUCUUCAGGUUUGACGGAGACAUCAGCCAGUGGAAGGAGAGGGGUGUUGGAGUCCUCAAGUUCCUGAAGAAUGCCACCAACGGCAGGCUGAGGGUGCUGAUGAGGAGAGAGCAGGUCCUGAAGGUGUGUGCCAACCACUGGAUCACCACCACCAUGAACUUGAAGCCCUUGGCUGGUUCCGACAAAGCUUGGAUGUGGCUUGCUAAUGACUUCUCAGAAGGAGAUGCCAAACUGGAGCAACUCGCCGCCAAGUUUAAAACCCCAGAGCUGGCUGAGGAGUUCAAGCUUAAGUUUGAGGAGUGUCAGAGGCUCCUGUUGGACAUCCCACUGCAGACUCCUCACAAGCUUGUCGACACAGGCAGAACUGCACAUCUCAUCCAGAAGGCAGAGGAGAUGAAGUCCGGUCUGAAAGACCUUAAAUCCUUCCUGACUGAUGACAAAACAAAGAUCAAGGAGGACGACAGCCAAGCUAACAUCACAACAGCCAGUAACACCUCAGGUCUGAUCAUCAAGCCCCACGCGGAGAGCACUGGCCCUACCUUAGAAUGGGACAACUAUGACCUGAGAGAGGAGGCUCUGGAUGACAGUGCUGACACAUCUGUCUACGCCUCACCCCUAGCAAGCAGCCCAAUCAGGAAGAACCUCUUCUGCUUUGGAGAAUCCACAGCUGGCUUUAACUUCAGCUUCCAGCCUGUCGUCAGUCCUACCAAGUCUCCGGCCAAGCUGAACCAGAGCGGGGUGUCUGUGGACGAGGAGCAAGACGUGACCCAGGAGGAGGACAGGGAUGGCCUGUACUUUGAACCUGUGGUUCCUCUGCCAGACCUGGUGGAGAUCUCCACUGGAGAGGAGAAUGAAAAUGUGUGUUUCAGCCACAGAGCAAAGCUGUACCGCUAUGACAAAGACCUGAACCAGUGGAAGGAGAGGGGCAUCGGAGACCUUAAGAUACUGCAGAACUACGACACCAAACGAGUCAGACUCCUCAUGAGGCGGGACCAAGUCCUGAAGAUCUGCGCAAACCACUGGGUCACGUCUUCUAUGAAGUUGGAGCCCAUGAAGGGUGCUGAGAAGGCCUGGGUCUGGAGUGCCAUUGACUUUGCUGAGGUAGCUGAGGGAAAUGUGGAGCAGUUAGCAGUGAGGUUUAAACUGCAGGAUGUGGCCAACUCUUUCAGAGACGUCUUUGACGAGGCUAAAACCGCCCAAGAGAAUGAGAUUCUGGUUACUCCCAUAGCCUCCUGUGAGACCCCUCAGGAGGUAGCAACAGCUCCAGGGAUGACAGUGUGUGGACAGGCUGCUGUGGCCAUCCUGGAGGAGACCACCAGAGAACGGACAGAGCUGUCUUCUGAGACUUUCCACACUCCUGACAGCAAGGCCUCCACUUCCACACCACACAGCCCUCUCAACCCCUCUAAGAUGGUGAUGUCUCCUCCCAAGUUCCUCUUCGGAACCGACUCUCUCCAGAAGAUCUUUGGCAGCAGCCUCCCGUUGUCCAAGGAGGAUGGUUCUUCAGAAAGCUCCAAGGCUAAAGACAGUGGUUGGACCUCCCAGCCCUCACCUGCAUUCAAAAUCCCUGAAAAAGGAUUGGAUUUUAGGCUUUUCAAAGAUAACCCAAUGGCUUUUUGGACCAGCACCUCAUCCACCCAAUUUGAGCCCCCAGCACCCCCCCAGGAAAAGGCUGAUGAUGACAGUGAGGUGGAGGUGGUGUACGAGAGGCAGCCGACUGUGGAGCAGGCUGCUUUGGCCAGGGAACUCCUGCUGCCUCUCACCUUCUUCUGCUACCAGAACGAACCAGGAAACACUAGUGACGACCAGACGGACGAUGAGGACUUUGAGACUGCAGUUAAAGCGCUGAAUGGAAAACUGUACCAGGAUCCUCCUGAGAGAAAGGCUGCAAGUUCUGCUCAGGCCGAGAUAGGUGCUGAGGGUCUGUACCCGGAGGUUGAGGUGGUGUUGGAGAAGAGGUCUACUCCAGAUGAGGAGCAGAAAGCCAAGCCGCUGCAGCUGCCUCCAACUUUUUGUGGUGUAGGCGGCAAGGCAGAGAAAGACGAGCCAGAGGACUUCAAGACAGAGGACUCAGAGAGAAGCGCACACCCUGUUUCAUCUGAGGCUGUGUCCUCCAGCACCGGCGAUACAGUGCCAGAACAACAGUUCCGAGACCAGUCCCCCAGCAGCCAGGUACAGGUUCCAGAUCUGUCUGAGGCAGAGGUUCAGUCCUCUGCAGCAGAGGCUGAGUUCCCAGCUCAGUCGGUAACCAUCCAGGAGGCAGAGGUCCAGCAGACUCCAGAUCAGUCAGACUCCACUCCAACACAGUCUCAGACUGUGGUCUCCAGCAGCGGGGAGCAGGCUCAAACUUCAAACCCUUCAGCAAAACCUGCUGCUAGUGCCCCAGCUUUGGUGACUGCCUCAUUUGGAUUUGGUGCACAGUUUGUCAAAAAGCCAGGGCAGUGGGAGUGUGACGCAUGUCUUGUUAGAAAUGAGGAGUCUGCAAGCAGUUGUGUUUCUUGUCAAACUCCAAACCCUGCAGCCAGCAGUGGUAAGCAGGCUCCAGAUAAGUCAGACUCUACUCCUGCAUCUACCAGCAGCAGCCCCAUAGACCUGUCUACCAAGAAGACCUCGGAGCCGGACUCCACGUCGACAUUUACUACAACCGUUACUCAGGAUGCUCCAAACUCAUUUGGCUCCUUGGGCUUCAGUGAUCUGGGAGGGGAAGGGAUCUCCUUCGCUGAUCUGGCACAGAACACCGGGGGUGAAUUCGCCUUCGGAAAACAAGAUUCUAACUUCUCGUGGGCGAAUGCCGGGGCUACGUUGUUUGGAGCUGCAGCCCCACCCAAAACUGAAGGAGGGGAGGAGAGGAGUCAUGAAGAGGACGCUAAUAAUGUGGAAAUUCACUUUGAUCCCAUAGUCACCCUACCAGAGGUGGAGACUAAGUCAGGGGAGGAGGAUGAGGAGAUCCUGUUUAAGGAGCGUACCAAGCUGUACCGCUGGGAGAGAGACCUCGGCCAGUGGAAGGAGAGGGGUGUGGGAGACAUCAAGAUCCUCUUCCACCCCGAUAAGAGGUUCUACCGGGUGCUGAUGAGGAGGGAGCAGGUGCUGAAGGUGUGUGCCAAUCACACCAUCUGCCAGAGCAUGGAGCUCAAACCCAUGAACACCUCCAACCAAGCCCUCGUCUGGACCGCUACCGACUUUGCAGAGGGCGAGGGUAAGGUGGAGCAGUUGGCAGCCAAGUUCAAGACAGCAGAGCUGGCUGAGUGUUUCAGGAAGACCUUCUGUGAGUGUCAGAGCCGUAUGAGCCAAUCAGAGGCCUCGGCCCUCUCCCCCCAGAUGUCCAGGGUCCAGGAACAUUCCAGAGACACCAACCCCCAGGUGUACCUCUCUAUCUCCGCUGACGACGAGCCCCUGGGAAUGGUCACCAUAGAACUGUUCUCUCACAUUGUCCCCAAGACGGCUGAGAACUUCAGAGCGCUGUGUACAGGACAGAAAGGCUUCGGACUGCGCAACUCUGUCUUCCACAGGGUCAUACCGGACUUUAUGUGUCAGGGUGGUGACCUCACCAACCAGGACGGGACAGGAGGGAAGUCCAUCUACGGGAACAAGUUUGAGGACGAGAACUUUGAUGUGCGCCACACGGGUCCGGGGCUGCUGUCCAUGGCCAACCAUGGCCGAGACACCAAUAACUCCCAGUUCUUCAUCACACUGAAGAAGGCUGAGCACCUGGACUUCAAACACGUGGCCUUUGGCUUCGUCAGAGAGGGCAUGGAUGUGGUCCGCAGAAUGGGAGAGCUGGGCACCAAGACUGGCAAACCCAGCAAGAAGAUUGUCAUCACCAAAUGUGGACAACUGUAGAGCUUGAGCUCUGGUUACUGACUGGACAACUCCACUGUAGUGCUGAACAUGUAGUCACUGACUGGAUGGCUAUGGGCCUUCACUCUGGUCAUGGACUGGGGAGUUAUAGCAUUUCAAACUGAGCACAAUUAUAGUAGGCAGAUAUCAAAUGAAACCCUAUUCCCCAUAUAGUGCACUCCACUUGGGGCUCAGCUCAAAAAAAGUGCACUAAGUGCUCUGGUAGUGCACAAUGGGGGGAAUAGGCUUUAAUUUGAGACCGGGCCAGUGUCUCCUGAGUUGCACUUUCUCCCUGCCGCAUCCUGAGGGCUGCAUGUCCCUGUGUGUAUCCCCAGACUCUUUGUGUGUGUAAUGUACAUGGACUACUUUUUUGUCUUUUUUGUGUGCAUGUGUUCCAAUAAGAGUUGACAGCGCUGGUUCCUUCAUAAGCUCCCUCACCCAAUUUGUUUUGUGUAAUUAAGUCUUAAUUGAGAUUAUUGUGACCUUUUUUUUUUAAACCAACCAAUGUUUGUUUGGUACUGUGUUCCUUUUGCUGCCUGUGUAUACUUUUUUUUUUAGGUGUGUGUGUGUGUGUGUGUGUGUAGGCUAUACAUUGAUUUCAUAAUGUGCAAAUUGAGACUCUACACCUGUCUUAAACUAAAAGGUAGGAAUAUGAAGUCUGACAAUUUGGGAGAGGCGACAUACUAAAUAUAAUAUUUUAUGGUCGGGGUCACAAUUGGGGUUAACAAUUCUUAUUGUCAAUAAAUAAAUACAAGAUACUGGAGACAGUCUUUAAAAAUAAAGUUUCUUUAUAACUGAA